AUGAACCUAUUCGCAGCCGCCAUUCUUUUCAUUCCCAAAUAGACCCACCGGAGAUCUUUCUCUCCGCGCCGGCGCCGGCGCAGGCGCCAUGCUCGGCCUCCGAACCUGCAUCCUCACUCGCCUCCUCUCUUCCUCGCGCCCCGCCUCUUCUGGCUCCUCUAGUCUACACCGCCUCCUCUCCGCGGCCGCGGUCGCCCCUGCCGUUUCCCCAAACCCUAGCUUCGCCGUGGAGGACUACCUGGUGGAGACCUGCGGCCUCACCCGUGCCCAGGCGCUCAAGGCCUCCGCCAAGCUCUCCCACCUCAAGUCCCCCACCAAUCCCGACGCCGUCGUCGCCUUCUUCUCCGGCCUCGGUCUCUCCAGCGCCGACAUCGCCGCCGUCGUCGUCAGGGACCCGCGGUUCCUCUGCGCCGGCGUGGACAAAACCCUGGGCGCUAUCGUCGCCGACCUCACCAGCCUCGGCCUGUCGCGUUCUGAGAUCGCGCGCAUCUUCUUGCUCGGCGGUUGCCAUUCCCGCUCCAGAUCCAUCGUCUCCAAGCUGCAGUACUACCUGCCCUUGUUCGGCUCAUUCGAGAGGCUCCAGAAGGUGUUCUAUCAUGCCAGCUACCUCCUCGGCGCUGACCCUGAGAAGACGGUCAAGCCCAACGUCGCCUUCCUGCGGGAGUGUGGGCUACGUCCUUCUGACAUUGUCAACCUAUCCACCCCUGUGCCAAUGAUGCUCAGCACCAACCCGUCGCGUGUUCGGGCGAUGGCGGCACUGGCCGAAGGUCUUGGUGUGCCGCGUUGCACUGGGAUGUUCAAAUACGCGCUGUAUGCCGUCGCUUUCCUGAGCAAGGAGAAAAUAGCUUGCAAAGUGGAAUACUUGAAGAAGACGUUCAGGUGGUCGGAUGCCGAGACACGCAUUGCUAUUUCUAAGGCCCCAACGUUGCUGAGGAGGUCUAAGGACGUACUGCAGAGUAGGUCUGAGUUCUUCAUCUCUGAGGCGGGGCUCGAACCGGCAUACAUUGCUCAUCGGCCGUGUUUGGUCACUUAUAGCCUGGAGGGCCGGAGCAGACCCAGGUACUAUGCUGUAAAGUUUCUCAAGGCAAAUGGACUGCUAGAUCACAACCGGGACUACUGUAAAACAGUCUUGAUCAGCGAGAAGGUAUUCCUGGAGAAGUACAUAUGCCCUCACAAGGAAGCUGCACCGCACCUCGCUGAAGACUAUGCAGCUGCUUGCAGAGGGGAAAUGCCUACUAGAUUCAGAUUUACAUGAACCAAGACUCCAAGAGCAACCUAUGAAAAUUGGUACCGCAUAUUACUGUUUUCACUACGCCUAGUAAGCUGGUAAAUCAAAUUAGUGUUCUUGCCCAACCGGAUGUUUGUUAUCCGCUGUAGUAUGUCUGUUACGUGCUGCUUUGCUUGUUGCUAAGACCUGAUGAAGCUGAUAAUUUCAUUCGUGUGUCCUCAUAUCCUCAUGUCACCACUUAGUAGAAAAGAAAGCAUGUCAUGGUUAUGAGCUUGUUCAUCCUGAAUUUUAUGAGAACUUUCUGCGGCAUCUUUGUUUGAAGAGAUUAACUAUUUAAUUGUUGUGAAAGCAGUGCAUUAUUUAUUACUACCUCAGUGCCUAAAUAUAAGAAGUCCUAGCUUUGUAUCAAGUCAAACUUCUUCAGGUUUGACCAAGUUCGUAGAAAAAUCUACCAACAUCUACAACUCUAAAUUAGUUCUAUUACAUCCAUCAUGAUAUUUAUUUUCAUAGUAUACUUCUUUGAUAUCGUAGAUGUUAGUAGAUUUUUCUAAAGACUUGUUGGAACUUGAAGAAGUUUGACUUAGGACAAAGCUUGGACUUCUUGUAUUUACGAACGGAGGGAGUACUUUGUAUCACUCUUUUCCUUUAUUUUUUCUCUUGUAUUUAUGUGAUGAAUUGUUGUGUGAGCCAGUAGGUAUAGUCAUCAUACGUGGAAAGGUUCAUAUUGGCACGUCCUGGAGUUUGCACCUUAGUGUGGUUUUACCGAACUCUCAUUUUGAUCAUCUCUAUUUCCAGUGCUAAAUAUGCAGUGGAACAUUUUCCACCCUGUUCGCCAAUUACUUGAAGUGUCCCUGACAAUGUGUUCAUGAUCAUGUUUGUAGCAAAUCAUCAAAUCUGUCUUAUACUUGUGAUAGGAGAAUAUUUACAUUUGGCUGCAUGGACUUUCGAAUUACGUGAUUUCUCUUGAAUCAAUCUUUGGACAAGACAGGACCUGCUGUAUACUUGGUCCUGGUUUCUCUUGAAUCAAUCUACAGGUUGUUAACCUGCUGUAAUAUGAGGGUCAAAACUGGAUAAAAAGCUUAGUUCUUUAUUAGGUAAUCUCUACGUUGCAUGAAAAUUGUGCAGUUUGCUCACUCAAGCUUGAGGAAAAUCUGUAGCAUGCAUGUUUAUUCUUUAUUACGUAAUCGUGGAAUCUUUUACGGUGAAGUAUAAUAUUAUGUACUUCUAUUUAUUUUCUAUGAUCCAGCUUGAUCAUUAUGCAUAUCUUUAGUAGGUAAUUUCUACAGUCUGCACUGCAUGACAACUGCUCAUUUUAUAUGGACAGAAGCUUGAGAAGAAUAUCAAACUAAAAUGACUGACUCGGAAGAACCAGUGAUAUAUGAAUCUGGUGGUUAUUGUGAAAAUCCACAACAAUUUAGUAUAGCUGGCUACCAAGUUGAGUAGAUCCCUGUAAACUAUCUUAUCUUCUGCAUCUGUUGUUUCUGUUAUUACUCUUCCAUGCAUACCGGUUAGUUCUUCGCGAAAUGACAAUUCAAAAGGAACUGUGAGGCUUGUUCUCACAUUGUAUUAUCAUUUAUCAACCUGAUGCCCUCUUCAUUGUACUGUCAAUUUUAUUUAUCAA